AAUUUUUACCUUCCUAGAUUUAAUUUUUGUAAUUGUAAAUUUACUACUAGACAAUUAAGCUAAAAAAGAGACUGCAACCAAAUGUAGAAAUGCAUUUUUUUGACAACUAUCUUAGACUCGACCAACUGAACUAAUUCCAAGCAAAAUUCAGUAAUUAGAUCAAUUAAAAUCUGCUUAAUCUUAUCUAAUAUUAAAUGCAAACAUACUAUUUGUACUAAAUUUGCAGGCUACUACUUACUACACAAUUCCUGUUAAUGUUAUCACAUGACAGAAUAAGAAAUAUGAUUUUUGGUUGAGUGGGUGGAAUGUGGAAAGCACAAAUGAAAGCAAAAAAUAAUUCUCACUAAUCACUAUAUAUAUAUACCUUCACAUGUCUUUCUAUGUAAACAUAUCAAUAGCUUAACUCUCUCCAAAAGAAACUAAGGUUCAUGGAAGUGUUAUUGUUAUUUCUAGCUGUAUUUGUUGCAUUGACAAGCUUGAAUGUAGUAGAGAGCCGCAAAACUCCAGUUCUGGAAUAUUUUGAGUAUUGUGCUGUGAACUGCAGAGCUUACAGUGCCUCAUUGACGGAUUUCGGUGGCGUUGGAGAUGGAGAAACUUUGAACACAAAAGCUUUUCAGACAGCUAUAGAUCAUUUGAGUCAGUACUCAUCAAAUGGUGGUUCACAGCUUUAUGUUCCACCUGGAAGAUGGUUGACUGGUAGUUUCAAUGUCACCAGCCAUUUCACUUUGUUCAUCCACAAAGAUGCUGUCAUUCUUGGCUCUCAGGAUGAAAAUGAUUGGCCAGUGAUUGAUCCCUUGCCAUCUUAUGGUAGAGGGAGGGACACCCAGGGUGGAAGGUUUAGGAGUCUCAUUUUUGGAACCAACCUUACAGAUGUAAUCAUAACAGGGGACAACGGUACACUAGAUGGACAAGGUGAACUGUGGUGGCAAAAGUUUCACCAUGGGCAGCUUAGUUAUACCAGACCUUACCUAAUUGAAAUCAUGUAUUCAGAUAAUAUUCAGAUAUCCAAUCUCACUUUGGUUAAUUCUCCCUCCUGGAAUGUCCAUCCUGUUUACAGCAGCAACGUUAUUGUUCAAGGAAUCACAAUUCUUGCGCCCGUGAACUCGCCAAAUACAGAUGGAAUCAACCCUGACUCUUGCACGAACACACGAAUUGAGGACUGUUAUAUAGUGUCAGGGGACGAUUGUGUGGCUGUGAAGAGUGGUUGGGAUGAGUAUGGUAUAGCUUAUGGAAUGCCAACGAAGCAACUGGUAAUCAGAAGGCUCACUUGUAUUUCUCCAACGAGUGCCGUGAUUGCUUUAGGGAGUGAAAUGUCUGGUGGAAUCGAAGAUGUGAGGGCUGAGGACAUUGUAGCCAUCAAUUCAGAAUCAGGAGUCAGGAUCAAAACUGCUGUUGGAAGAGGAGGUUAUGUCAAGGACAUAUAUGUUAGAAGAAUGACUAUGAAAACUAUGAAAUGGGCAUUUUGGAUGACAGGAGAUUAUGGUUCUCAUGCUGAUAACAACUACGAUCCUAAUGCACUUCCUGUGGUUCAGAACGUUAAUUAUCGCGACAUGGUUGCUGAUAAUGUGACUAUGGCAGCAAAAUUAGAGGGUAUAUCUAAUGCACCAUUUACUGGAAUCUGCAUAUCCAAUGUAACCAUUGGACUAGCAAAGAAGGCUAAAAAAGUUCCAUGGAAUUGUACUGAUAUUGCUGGGAUUUCGAGUGGUGUGACUCCUUCCCCGUGUGAUCUAUUGCCAGACCAAGGAGUGCAGAAAAUAGGGGCAUGUACCUUCCCAGAAGACAAUUUGCCGAUUGAAGAUAUCAAGGUUCAAACGUGUACUUAUUAUAGAAGGAAAUUGUGAUGAUAGUAUAGAAAGAAUGUCUCAUUUCAAGGGAGCAAUUCAAACACUGUAAUACUUUCAAAAACUGUUUGUACUUUGUGUUUCAAUCAUUAGACUAUUGGAGACUUAUAAAAACUCUUAACAAAGGGCAACCCCAACAAUGAAACAAGACUAAGUCAAUAAUAAAUAUAUAUGUUUAAGCCA